AUGGAAAACAAUACUUCUAGAACAACUAUAUGCUCUUCCUGUGUUGCGACAUUGCCAGCAGAUUCGCGCUAUUGCACCUGCCAAGCGUGUAGAGAAAGAGUUGCAGCAUCACGCCGCAGAUGUCGAGCUGAACAAGAAGAGCAGGAAGGCAGCCCAGUAAGACGUAGGGGAAGACUAAGAGUAGAACCUUCUCAGACUAUUCCUGCUGCUUACAUCUCGCAGCUUUCUCGCCUUCGUCCUUUGGACCUUGGACGUAUGGACAAGGAAUGCUCACACUGCCACGCCCUACAUUGGACUGAUGAAAGGCAAGAGACAUCUUCAAUGAGAAAUCCUAGCUGGGAGUCAUGUUGCAAGCAGAGAUCAGUCCAGUUGCAACUCUUAUCUGAUCCACCUGAGUACUUGAAGGACUUGCUCGAACGUGGAUUAAACGCAUUUCAGAUCCAUGGCGCACUUUGCCACCGUCAAGGCCCCUUGACUCCAGUUGAAGGCAGUGAGCCUUCUUACACCCAGCUGUAUAUCUUUGAUCCAUGCUAUGCCGCUGAAAGAAGACAAGCACGAAGCAGCAACCUUGAUCCUGAGAUCGUUAGGGAGCUUUCGGUCAUGCUUGCUCAAUGUAACCCCUUUGCGCGUAUAUAUCGCCAUGCACAUGAGAUAUUGAACAACUAUGAGAACAGCAACAGUGUCAGUGAUGGUAAUGAUCAAAGAGAAGUCAGUGCGCCAUACAUCAUUAUCAGCCCAUCAAUGAGAAUGUGCUUAAUUGAAGGAAGCGAUAGACGCACACACAACCUUCCAACAAUGGAAGAGAUUGCUGCUGUUAUACCAAUUAAGUAUAGUGACAGAAGUUUCCGUGAUAUUGUUCUUACCUUGAGAAGCAAUAGCAGUCUUCGUCAAAGCACUGGAUUUGAGCAGCGCUUUCAGACCAUUAUUCAGGCCCAUACUGCAUACAUGCCAAGUCAUUAUUUACAUUUGUUUCUUCAUGAAAUAAAGAAGUGCCUUGCAUUAUCUGAGAAUAAAAUAAUUUGUAAACGAGAGUCAUGAG